AUGGACGAGAAGUGGAAGCUGUCGAAAAAGGAUGCAUCAGCUGCGUCAUGCUCUAGUUCCUCUAAAUCCAAGUUCUCUAGAAGCUUUUCAACGAGUGCUUCCUCCACAAAGGCUCCGGUAUUCGUACGGAGCUCAUCUACCAAAUGCUCAGUGCCAUCUUCUUCGUCAUCCAUCUCCAGAAGCUCCUCGAAGAAAGAGAAAGGGUCAUCGUCAUCUUCCAUUACCCAAAAGUACAGUAGCUUGGCGAAAGAACAGAAAGGAAGGUUUUACAUCAUGAGAAGAUCAGUUUGA